AUAAUCACAAAAAAAUUAUCGAAAUCGCUUGUUCAUAGUGAGGAAGUGUUUAUCAAUUUUUAACCAUGGAGAGCAGAGAAAUGGACAAGUUUUUGAGCGAAAUUGAUUGGCAAGAAGGAAGAAUACCGAUUCUUAAUGACGAAAAUAGGAAGUUACAGGAUGAGGUAUUUGAGAUAAAGCAGGAGGUGAAGAGUAAGAAAAAGGAAUUUGAAGAACUUCAAGAAAGAAUGUAUUCUAUGUCCCAACAUAAGAAGAAUGUGGAACAAGAACUCCAGAAUACUCAGGAUCUUAUAUUGGCCGUAAUAAAGGAGAACGAAACAGAAAACCAUUUGAUCAAGGUCACUGUUGCACAAAAGGAGAGAUUGAAUCAGGAGAUUGCUAGAAUGGAGAAAGAAAAGAAAGCAAUUAGGGAAAAAAUCAACAUGGAUGAGAAUCUUAGAUUCAAACUUGGUGAGGAGAUUGACAAGUUCCGGACAGUUCUAAACAUCAACAAAACUAAACUGGAAGAAUGGUUGUCAUUGACAGCUGAAAAAGAUGAAGACUUCAUGACUUUUCAGAAAUAUAAACGUUUGGAUGAAUCGAAAGUUAAUGAACUGAAUCUGCAGAUCAAUUAUCUUCUUGAAGAAGUUAAGAAUCGGAAAAAUGCCUUGGAUGUGGAAGCAACUGAAACCCAAUCUGUUCAGAUUGCUUUGGAUAAAACUGCCGAGGAAUUUCGGCGAAGCCAUUUAGAAAGGCAUGAGUUGAUAGAAAGAUGGGAAAGAACUCUGAAUUUGAUGAAGAAAAGAGAUGAUGAUAUGGAGUCUUUGAAUAAUCAAAUACAUUUGCUGAAGCUCCGAAUUUUACAAAAGGAACAUGAAAUUGCUGAGAAGAAAAGGUUUUAUGAUAAUGAGGUUGAGAAUAACAAAGAACUUGAUGUGAAAAUCCAAAUGUCAAAUAAAACUGCCAGUAAAUUUCGACAGGAUUAUCAAGAGAAAGAAGAGCAAAGGAUCCAGUUUGCUAGUGAGGUAAGGGAAUUAGGGGCAUUCAUCUCUUUCUUAUGUAUUUUGGGGAUUACAACAUUGCACAGAAUUGCAGUAUUUAGAUACAACUCUGAAGUCAACUUUGCUGUUCAUCCUUUCAGAGUUGAACGAAUAAAAUACUGGUCAUGUACAGAAGAUGAUGUCAUCAACUAA